CCGGGAAUCCUGAAGUCACUCCCCAUACACAGCACCAUGUCUCCCCACAAGCUAGACGGCCUGAGCAUCAAGAUCGCCAUCGACCGCGGCGGCACAUUCACAGACUGCCUCGGUAUAGUCCCCGGCCGCGACGACAUCGUCGUGAAACUCCUCUCGCAAGACCCAGCAAACUACGCCGACGCGCCCAUCGAGGGGAUAAGGCGGAUUCUCGAGCAGGCAACAGGAAAAUCCCUCCCUCGCGAUGAAAAGCUCUCGCUCGCCGAUUUCGCGUCCAGCAGUAUCCGCAUGGGCACGACGGUUGCCACGAAUGCGCUGCUUGAGCGGAAGGGUGAGCGGCAUGCGUUGCUGAUUACCAGGGGCUUCAAGGAUGCACUGCGUAUUGGGACACAGUCGAGGCCGAAGCUGUUUGCGUUGAAUAUUCAGCGGCCGGAUGUGUUGUAUGAGGAUGUGGUUGAGGUUGAUGAGAGGGUGACUGUGGAGGAUUACCAGCAGAAUCCAUCACCGGAUAAAGAGGAGCUGCAGCGGGCUUUGGAGGCGGAUUGCGAUUUGAGAAAAGGAGUCAGUGGCGAGGUUAUCAGAGUGCUUGAGGCCCUGGAUGAAGACAAGACAAGGAAGAGUCUGCAGAAUCUAUAUGACAAGGGAUAUCGCUCGGUUGCGGUGUGCUUGGUCCAUGCGUAUACAUUUCAAGACCAUGAACUGGCUAUCGAGCGCAUCGCAAAGGAGAUUGGCUUCACGCAAAUUUCGCUCUCUAGUCAGCUCCUGCCCAUGAUCAAGAUGACCUCGCGUGGUGCUUCAGCUACUGCAGAUGCGUAUUUGACGCCUGUCAUUCAGCGAUAUAUCCAGGGAUUCCGAGAGGGCUUCAAAGAUGGUCUGCGCUCAGCGGACACGCGAUGUGAAUUUAUGCAGAGCGAUGGGGGCUUGGCUACAUUUGAUAAGUUUAAUGGCCUUCGCGCCAUCUUAUCCGGCCCUGCUGGAGGAGUCGUCGGCUAUGCUGGAACAUCCUUCGACGAGACAGAGCGAAAGCCUGUUAUAGGAUUCGACAUGGGCGGCACCAGCACCGACGUGUCUCGCUACGAUGGAAAGCUGGAGCACACCUUUGAGAACACAAUAUCUGGGGUGACGGUGAUGGCACCGCAGCUCGAUAUCAACACCGUCGCAGCAGGCGGAGGAAGUAUUCUCUUCUGGCGUCACGGUCUAUUUGUUGUCGGGCCUGAGUCUGCAGGUGCUCAUCCAGGGCCUGCGUGCUAUCGCAAGGGCGGCCCUUUAACCGUGACGGACGCAAAUCUGCUUCUUGGGAGACUGCUGCCAGAUUACUUUCCUAAGAUCUUUGGUCCGCAUGAGAACCAGCCUCUGGAUGUUGAGAUUGUUCGACAGAAGUUCACCGAGUUGGCCGGCCAGAUUAAUGCAGAAACAGGACAGAAUAAAACGCCAGAAGAGAUUGCCCUUGGGUACAUCCAGGUUGCUAAUGAGUCCAUGGCAAAACCUAUCCGGGCUUUGACGGAGGCUCGUGGCUUUGAUACUUCAGCGCAUAAUCUGGCAUGCUUUGGCGGUGCUGGUGGUCAACAUGCAUGUGCCAUAGCAUCGUCCUUGUCAAUUGGCACUGUGAUUGUCCAUAGAUACUCGUCUAUCCUGUCGGCAUACGGAAUGGCCCUCGCUGAUGUCGUCCAUGAAGCCCAAGAGCCAGCAUCGGGUGUAUUCACAGCGGAAGUCAUGCAAUCCGUCAAUAACCGCAUCAAGGCACUCAAGGACAAAGUAUCCACGGCGCUGACAACAGAUGGUAUCGACGAAAGUGAGAUAUCUCAUGAAGUUUACCUGCACCUCCGCUAUCAAGGCACGGACAACGCACUCAUGGUCCUACAACCCGACAACGGCGACUUCAUUGCAGAGUUCGUCAAGGAACACCACCGUGAAUUCUCCUUUACAUUCCCUGGCCGAAGUAUUCUUAUUGAAGAUAUCCGCGUGCGGGGUGUGGGAAAAGCAACGUCCGUCCCUCCGGAAGCACCACAGCAGGAACUAACAACAAUAGUUAAAAAGCCAAUUGCGCGUGAAAAGAAGGAUGACUCGACAGUGGUAUAUUUCUCCGGAACUGGCCAGGCAGAUACUCCUGUGUUCUUCCUCGAGAACCUGGAGCCAGGCAGUCUGAUCGAAGGACCGGCGAUGGUCAUCGACAAGACACAGACUGUUGUCGUCGAACCAAACGCCACAGCUACUAUCCUGUCUCGCCAUGUUAUUUUGGACGUACAGUCGUCGAAGAAGCAAACUGCCGAUACCACCGUCGUCGACCCUAUAAAACUGUCUAUUUUCGGCCAUCGCUUCAUGUCCGUUGCAGACCAGAUGAGCCGUAUGUUCCAGAAGACGUCGGUGUCGACGAAUAUCAAAGAGCGACUGGAUUUCUCAUGCGCUGUAUUUUCGCCAGACGGGAAGCUAGUAGCGAAUGCACCGAAUGUACCUGUACAUUUAGGGAGCAUGGAGUAUGCGGUGCGGUACCAGCACCAGCAAUAUAGUGGGAAUCUACGCCCUGGCGACCAUAUACUCACCAAUCAUCCCUUAGCUGGAGGGACGCAUCUUCCAGAUAUUACCAUCAUCACCCCGGUAUGGAAUGCAGAGGGGACGCAAAUCAUCUUCUACGUGGCAUCCCGCGGACAUCACGCUGAAAUCGGCGGAAUCGCCCCGGGCUCUAUGCCAUCAAACAGCAAAAUGCUAUACGAAGAAGGCGCCAUGACAAUGGGCUUCAAAAUCGUAUCCCAAGACCGCUUCGACGAGGAUAUCGUACGAAAAUUCCUCUACGACGAACCAGCAUCGUAUCCCAAAUGCAGCGGCACACGGACAUACAAUGACAACGUAUCAGACUUAAAAGCUGCCAUCGCAGCAAACCACAAGGGAGCAAAGCUCCUCGAAGGCCUCGUCGCAGAAAACACCCUGCAAGUCGUGCACUUCUACAUGGACGCCAUCAAACGCACUGCUGAAAUCGCCGUGCGGGACCUCCUCAAAUCAAUCGGAUUGAAUAAUCCAGGCAAAUCUCUCCGCUUCUCAGACUUCAUGGACGACGGCACCGAAAUCAAGCUCGAGAUCCGAAUCGAUCCUGCCUCUGGCUCGGCAGAUUUCGAUUUCACAGGGACAGGAUAUGAGACGUUUAACUGUCUUAAUGCGCCCAAAGCCAUUGCGCACUCGGCGAUCAUAUACGUCCUGCGCGCGCUGAUCGAUGUUGAUAUACCACUGAAUGAAGGCUGUCUUGCACCUGUGAAUGUAAUCAUCCCCGAAGGGACAUUGAUUAACCCUUCAGGCCACGCAGCCGUAUGUGCAGGGAACCCUAUUACCUCGCAGCGGAUUACGGAUGUUGUGCUUGGGGCUUUCAACGCGUGUGCUGCGUCUCAGGGGUGCUGCAACAUUAUAUCCUUUGGCAUGGGUGGUCUUGAUGAGAACGGCGUUGAUGUCCCUGGCUUUGGCGUUGGGGAGACGAUCUGUGGUGGCUCGGGGGCUGGGCCGUCAUGGCAUGGAACGUCUGGCGUGCAUGUGCAUAUGACGAAUACGAGGAUUACAGAUGCUGAGGUGUAUGAGCUGCGAUAUCCGGUUAUCCUGCGGCAGUUUUCGAUCCGGCGGGGGUCUGGUGGGCGUGGUAGGUAUCGUGGUGGGGAUGGGGUGAUUAGGGAAUUGGAGUUUCGGAUGCCAUUGUCUGUUUCUAUGCUUAGUGAGAGGAGAGUUUAUAGACCGUAUGGACUGGAAGGUGGUGAGGCUGGCCAGGUGGGUUUGAAUUUGUAUGUGAAGAAGGAGCAGGAUGGGACGGAGCGGACGAUCAAUAUUGGGGGGAAGAUGGAGCUGCAUGUGCAGUCCGGCGAGCGCAUCUUGAUUCAUACACCUGGAGGAGGUGGAUGGGGAGCUGAGGGGGAGGAUUUGGCCCAAACGUAUACAACUACGGUGAAUGCGUUCCAGCCUCGAGGGAGUGUGCAUGCAUUCAGUGCCACGGCAGAGGCAGCUUCAUAGGCUACAUAACAUCUUGGUAUCUGUAGCUGGAUGCGCAUUCGAUGGUUGCUCGUAUUCGCUCCACAGUCGAUCCCUGUUCAGGGGUUCUAAAAGAGGAGGUUGUCUCGAAUAGCUUAUAACUUGAAUUACUCUCCGACUAUCUGUUGUAGCCACAAAAUAAUGGAGUCUGCCAAAUUACCAUUUAUCGUUAAUGAUGUAUGGUGUAUCAUAAUUGCCAUUCUUGCUGAGGCACGUGUACCAGAAGGUAUAUCCGAAGAGCCAACAGAUUGGACCUGGAGGGUCAAGACACUUUCCACGCUGCUCCCUGGCCUACAAGAUUUGAUAGCUAUAAGCAGUGCUUCCAAACAGCUCAGAGAGUUGCUUGCACCGCGCAUAUUCAAGACCCUGUACCUAUACAACACGGCCAAGAGUGCGCGGGCAGUACAAGCCAUUGCACAGGGCAGACACUCAGCCUGUGUCAAAGAAUUGCACUACAUUGGCAUCACUGA